GCGGUUCGCCACCUGCGGCCACACUGGCCAACCCACCACUUCGCUUAGUUGUGUUUUCGUCUUGCCUUUUCCACUAGUCUCUCUCGCGAAGUAGUUGGAAAAAUCACCUUUUGCAAAGUUUUUCGCUGGGACCAAAAAGCUACAUUUUUCAAAAACCGAAAGGAAAUUACGCUGAUCGUCCGUGUGUGCGUGCGUGUGUAUGUGAGAGAGUGUGUGCCAUCGAUCCUGCAAGUGUGUGUUUGUACGCGAGUGUGGGGCCGCAAAUUAAAAGCAAUACCACACUGAAAACCGAGAUAAUCGCACACGGAAAAGAACGGUUUAAUUCAAUUACAAGUGAAAUUAGAGUGUGUGCCCGAUAAUUGUCAACUGGCCAGGUGGACGGAAAAGACGGUGGUGGUGUUACGUGAAAAUUUCGGAGAUCGUCGAGGGCCAGAGAAUCACAUUUAGUGGCUGGCCAAAGGGGAAAGAAAUUGAUUUUCCAUUUUCCACAAUUGCAAUUGGAAGCAAAAGCAAAGCAGAAGAGCGAAGAAAAUAAAAGGGGAGAGCAAGCGUGCGUGCACGAGCGAAAGAGAGUGUGGAGCGCGAGGGGGUGUACGACUGUGAGAGAGAGAGAGGGAGAGUGGGAGAGAGCAGCACUUCCAGGCGUCGCAUCCUCCUCCUUUUUCGCAUGCAAUGAAUAUUGUCGGGGAAUAUGAAUACAGCUCCAAGGAUAUGCUGGGCCAUGGCGCCUUUGCCGUCGUCUACAAAGGACGUCAUCGCAAGAAACACAUGCCGGUGGCCAUCAAGUGCAUCACGAAGAAGGGACAACUGAAGACGCAGAAUCUGCUCGGCAAGGAGAUCAAGAUCCUGAAGGAGCUCACCGAGCUGCACCAUGAGAAUGUGGUGGCUCUGCUGGACUGCAAGGAGUCCCAGGAUUGCGUCAGCCUGGUCAUGGAGUAUUGCAAUGGCGGCGACUUGGCGGAUUAUCUGAGUGUCAAGGGGACGCUCAGCGAGGAUACCGUUAGACUCUUCCUCGUGCAACUAGCUGGUGCUAUGAAAGCACUUUAUACCAAAGGAAUUGUGCAUCGUGAUCUCAAGCCACAAAACAUUUUGCUAUCGCACAAUUAUGGCAAAACAUUGCCAGCUCCAUCGAAAAUAACCCUGAAAAUUGCGGAUUUUGGGUUUGCGCGAUUCCUGAACGAGGGCGCCAUGGCAGCCACUCUGUGCGGCUCUCCCAUGUAUAUGGCGCCCGAGGUGAUCAUGUCGCUGCAGUACGACUCCAAGGCGGAUCUCUGGUCGCUGGGAACGAUUGUCUACCAGUGUUUGACUGGCAAGGCGCCAUUCUAUGCACAAACGCCCAACGAACUGAAGUCCUACUACGAGCAGAAUGCUAACCUGGCACCAAAAAUUCCAAGUGGCGUGUCACCGGAUCUGAGGGAUCUGCUGCUGUGCCUGCUGCGCCGCAACUCCAAGGAUCGCAUCUCGUACGAGAGCUUCUUUGUUCACCGCUUCCUUCAGGGCAAGAAGGCGGCCGUGUCGCCAGUUGACAUGCCACCGCUUGGCGGAACACCACCUGCCAAGGCCAAGAGCCCCUUGCAGCAGCAGCUGGAGCAGGAACUGAAGCUGGUCAAGCUGGCCGAGCAACAGCAGAAGGAGCGCGAGGAGCAGGAGGCCCAGGAGGACGAGAACACGGUGUCCGUGGUGGCCAAUCCGGCCAUUUGUGCCACCAUCACCAACGUAGGUGUCCUGUGCGACAGUGAGAACAACAGCGGUUCUUGCAGCUCCCACGAGGACUCCGAUGACUUUGUGCUGGUGCCAAAGAACCUUCCGGAGGACCAGCGACAGGGUCUGGCCCAAGUCCAAGCCCAGCCCGCUUCCGGUGGCCAACGUCCACAGCAGCAACAAAAUCAAUCCAGUCCGCCACGUCCCAGCAGUCUGCCCAUCUCUGAACCCAAACCAGUACCGGCUCCCGCUCGGCGGCAGGUGGCCAGGCCCGGGCCGUUAACGGUAGCCACACUGGGUGGCCAGCAGAUACCCCGAUCGCAGCCAAUUAGCGUAAAGCAACCGCGACCGGAUCAGCGCAAGAGCAGUGUGAGCAGUGACAUUAACUCGAUCUCACCGCCGGCGGUGCAGUUUGCCAUUGGAACGCCGCCUACACGUAUGCGUUCUGCCUCUGGUGGAUCGCUGUCGGAGACACCGCCGCCGCAUGCACCGAGCACCUGGCAGGUGUCGCCAGGACACUCGCAAUCGCCGUUGCGUCGAAGCGGCAAUAGCUCGCCAGUUCUGCCAUCCGCUGCGCUUACCAAAUUGCCCACUUUGGGCAGUCCAACAAUGCUGGUGGCGCCGGGAUCAUUGGGCUCGAUUGGUUCGGCGGGCAGUGGAUCGGAGAACAACAAUCAGCAUCACAUGCUGGGACCGCGAGCUUUUACGCUGCCCGAACUGGGGGCCACUGGUGGCCUACAUAGUCUGCUGGACACAGGAGCCGGCGGCGGUGGGGAACCACAUGCAUUCCAGGCCCCAGAACUGUCCGAAGAGACGCUGAUGGAUCGCGAGCACAACGAGACAUUGUCCAAGCUGAACUUUGUGCUGGCGCUCACCGAUUGUAUCCAGGAAGUUGCCGAUUCGCGAUGCGCACCGCUCUCCACGUUCAUGGUGGCCGGCAGUCAGUCGGCGGCGCAAGCGGCGUCAGCGGAUGCACAGCAGAUACCGCCGCACGCACCUGAGCACUGCAAACGGGCCGAGCGCCUGGUGCUGCUCGUCCGGGGACUGCAGCUCCUAUCGUCCGGGAUGAAUCUGGCUUCCCAGCAGCUAAGCAAUGGCCAGCUAAAGCCGUCGUCCAAUGUGAAGAAUGCUUUGCUCACCAUGAACGCCAAAUACCGGAGCAUGCUGUUCGAAUCGAAACGCCUCAAUGGCAGCGGACUAUUGCAGAAGGCGAAUGCAUUUAACAUAACGGCGGACAAGAUUCUCUAUGACUACGCACUGGAUAUGUGCCAGGCCGCUGCUCUGGAUGAGCUACUGAAGAACACGAAGAAUUGCUUCGAACGUUACAACACGGCACACAUUCUGCUUCAUUCGUUGGUGCAAAAGUGCAAUCAUCCGCAGGACAAAAUGAUGCUGAACAAAUAUCGCGAUGCCGUUGAGAAGCGUUUGAGCAUAUUGCAGCAGCAUGGCUAUAUAUACAUGACCGAUGAGAAUGCUUAGUUACUCGGGCGGAUAGAGCUAUAUUCCAACCAUGAAGCACCGGCAAUCUUCACAACAUCAACAACAUUUCCUUAAGUUAUUCACCGUUUUCGUUGGGAGUGCAAACAUGUGAUUGAAACAAAAACUACACUAUCCAUACAUAGACAUACCUACAAAUAAUUUAACAACCAUUCACACCUAAUUUCUGGCCUUCAAAGUUUCCCAACAAAAAAAAAAAGAAAAAAACAGUCCAAUGUAAAUAGUUUGAGCUAUGCAGAUGUAUGUAGUUUUUGUUUUUCUAUAUAAUUUUGGCCCUUGCGGCAACCAUAAUUGUUAAAGCUUAUAACGAGUGCAGAUGCAACAUGAAUAAGGGCAGACAAGAGUCCAUAUAGUCGUAAGAUAACCAUAAUAUUAUAUAUAUGUUUACAUAUAUGUACAACACGAAAGCUAACCAAGCAAACCACAUUACAUAACGUAAAGGGCAAUAUGCAAGCCAAACUCAGUUUAAAUCUAUGUUUAAAGGAGGAAGCGGGAGAACCCAGAUCCAUAUAUCAUGUGCUAGAAUUUCUCCGUAGUUUUAAUGCCUAUUUUCUUAUUUAACAAUCUAAUAUUCCCCUAUUAUUAUAUUAUAAACAUACCAUACAAUAUUGAUGGCUGCACUACACAAACAUGUUUACAAUGUGCUAUGUUCAUAGUUUUUAGUUAGGUCUUUUCUAAAACAACUUUAAAGAUGUAUUUAAUUUUAUGACAAGAAAUUUAUAUUUUAAAGAAACUUUUUAAGUUUUUCUACAAGCAAAGCCCACAAAACUUUCGAAAAAAUCUAUAUAUGUAUAUGGUAUACAAAAGAGAGAAACACAUAAAAGAGUGUAUAAAAUGAAAAAGAAACAAAAUACCGAUUUGAACUAAUAAAAAGUACUAAGGAAAAUCGU